AUGUCAAGAAAGAUCGAAUUGGUUAAGGAAUUGUGUGACGAGAUUAAGUACCUCAGAAGGUUAUGCCAGGAGAACAACAUAGACUUUAAGAGGGAAGGGACUUCUCAUUUGGAGGAUGAGGAGUCAAUAAUAAGUUCAUUUGAAUUUGACAGUAUGACUGAAACUUUACUGCUUUUAAAUAAUGUUUCCAAAUACAAUGAUAUUUUUUUGGACGGAAAUGAGAAGAAGGAAUUUAAUAGGGAGAAAUUAACACGGUUAAAAAGUAUGAUAAAUAUUAAGGGAGAAAUUAAGGUACGUUAUAAUAAUAAUAUACUAAUUAGAUUUUAUGUAUAUAUACAUAAUGAUUAA